CGUCAUCACGUCGUGGAACGGGAUACUGGGAGAGCCGGAAGUGAGAGCCAGCAGAGAUCCCAGUUUCUCCAUCAACGCUUGAGGUGUGAAGGAACUACAUCCACCAGGGGGAUAUUUUAAUAUUCCUCACUAGACUCAGGUCGGAUCUACCUUUGUAGACGUGUGUAUAAGAUUGAAGAUGUGGAGGGCAUCAGCAGGACAGUCCGUUAAGGUUGCGCAACAAGACGACGGAGGGGACGACUGGGAGACGGACCCUGACUUUGAGAAUGACGUGUCGGAGAGGGAGCAGCGCUGGGGGGCCAAGACGGUGGAGGGCUCGGGACAUCAGGAGUCCAUAGAUAUCAACCGCCUGCGUGAGGCGGUGUCCACGGAGCACACCUCUCAGAGGAAGAAGGAGCAGGACACCGAGCCCAAAGCAUCCGACGGAUACGGGGGGAAAUUCGGAGUUCAGCAAGACCGCAUGGACAAGUCUGCUGUGGGUCAUGACUACCAGAGCAAGCUGUCCAAGCACUGCUCCCAGACGGACACUUCUAAAGGCUUCGGAGGGAAGUUCGGAGUCCAGGCGGACCGCGUCGAUCAGGCCACACCAGAAGCAGCAGCAGGAGACGGUCAGUUGGAGUACGGAGAAGACGUCGGGGUGACGGCGGUCGCUCUCUACGAUUACCAAGCAGCCGGCGAGGACGAGAUUUCCUUCGACCCCGACGACAUCAUCACGAACAUUGAGAUGAUCGACGAGGGCUGGUGGCGAGGCGUCUGCGGAGGAGCGUACGGCCUCUUCCCCGCUAACUAUGUGGAAGUGAGGCAGUGAGAACAAGGAAGGAAAGAGGAAGGAGAUGCCCCCUUUUCACACCUCUGUCUUCAACUCAUCGUACUGCAAUAUCCAUAAUCUUUUGCUCCUUUGCCAUCCUUCCACCUUUCCCCUUUGGAUGAGUUACCUUUACUCGAUGCAAAGAGAAUAUAUUAAUAAUGAUCUGCUCAAAAUGCAACAUGUGAGUGAUUCACCUCCUGCCUCACCGUUGCAUUUUGAAGCUUAUAUUUUCAUAUUAGAGUCAAGGUAUUGUUGCUUCUUCACACACAUCUACCGUUAUGUAAGCAGUAGAAGGUUAAAGUGGGGAAUUUAGAUUAUACUCUUAUGCCGACAUACUGUCCGUGGACCAAAACAACUGAAAAACCCCUUUAGUGUGUCUGCGUAAAGUUAGCAGGAGUUUAAAUUCCCUUUCUUAUUAAACACUAAACUUCAUUUAGUACAACUUCUUUCUCCUUUUCUUGCAACGUUAUUAUAAAAUCAUGAUAAUAAUAAAGUUUCCUACUAUGCUGAAUUGUUCGCAAAAUAAUGGGGCCAAAAUCACAAGCGUAACAGAAAUAUUUCGUACAUAAAGUAUUAUUUUAAUCAUCUUCAAACAUUAUGUACGUACAGAGAGAAAAUGAUUUAUGGCGCUUUGAGAACAAAUGUGUGUGUGUGUGUGUGCUUGGGAGUGUUUCUUCGUGUAAUAAUAUGUUGAAUUGUGAGAAUUAAAGAUUAGAAAUGUAUAUGAGGCUGUUUAGGGUUUAUUUUCUCCAAACACUUAUUAAUUAUUUCAGACUGUUUUGCAGUAGUGUAGCUUAAACAAGUAUGUGUGUAUGUCUGAAUGUGUGUGUGUGAGGGUUUCAUGAAAUUCAUCUUCGGGGUUUUUAUAAUGGAAAAAAAAGUGACCUUUUCAAAUGCAUUAUUUGUAUUGUCUGUACUUCUGUUUGCUCGACACAUCAUUACCUGCUUGUUCUUUUUUUUUAGUUUCAAUAAAUAAAGGAUAUGAAUUGUU